AGAGAGAGAAGGGGGGGUGUGUGUGCGUUUUGCGCUUCACUCUACACGGGUCUUUUUACCUCGCGCGCUCCAACUCGCAGCAUGCCUGUUCCUCUCCGCGCGCGCUGCACCUGAACCUCACCUGUUGUCACCUCUGAGCAACUUUCCUUUGACCCACGGAGAUUCUCGGAGCUUUUUCUUUUCUUUUCUUUUCUUCCCCACAGCGACAUGCACCAUCACGAGUUGUCGGUGAGCGCGAACACCGGUCCGGUUCCGGUUCCGGUGAUCCUGCAGACAGAGUCGCGCGACAAGUGGGGCAAAAAAAUGGACUUCUUGCUGUCGGUGAUCGGCUUUGCUGUGGAUCUGGGGAACGUCUGGCGGUUUCCUUACAUCUGCUACCAAAACGGCGGAGGAGCUUUCCUCAUCCCCUACACCCUCAUGGCUAUAUUUGGCGGUGUACCACUCUUCUACAUGGAGCUGGCUCUGGGUCAGUUCCACCGCACAGGCGCCAUCUCCAUAUGGAAACACAUUUGCCCAAUUUUCAAAGGCAUCGGUUUCGCCAUCUGCAUCAUAGCGUUAUACGUCUCGUUCUACUACAACACCAUCAUUGCGUGGGCAUUGUUCUACUUCUACUCAUCAUUCAGCAGCACUCUGCCGUGGACGAACUGCGAUAAUGCAUGGAACACGGAAAACUGCACCAACUACUUUGGCAAGGACAAUGUGACGUGGACUAACUACUCACGCUCACCUGCCGAGGAGUUUUACACGAGGAACGUGUUGGAGCUGCACGAGUCGGACGGUUUGGAGAACGUGGGUGUGAUCCGCUGGCAGCUGAUGCUCUGCCUGUUCCUCAUCUUCACCAUUGUCUACUUCAGCCUGUGGAAAGGAGUCAAAAGUUCGGGCAAGGUGGUUUGGGUCACAGCCACUCUUCCCUAUUUAGUGUUGUUGAUUUUGUUAGUUCGAGGCGCAACGUUACCUGGAGCCUGGAGGGGCGUCGUCUUCUACCUGAAGCCCAAAUGGGAAAAACUUAAGGAUACAACUGUUUGGGUGGACGCAGCAGCCCAGAUCUUCUUCUCCCUCGGCCCAGGGUUUGGCGUUCUGCUUGCUCUGUCCAGCUACAACCCGUUCGACAACAACUGCUACAGAGACGCCAUUGUGACGAGUGUGGUGAACUGCCUGACCAGCUUCAUGUCUGGUUUUGUGAUUUUUACCGUUCUGGGCUACAUGGCCGAGCAGAGACACGUUAACGUGGAAGAUGUAGCCAGAAACAAGGGCCCGAGUCUUCUGUUCAUCACUUACCCAGAAGCCAUUGCCAAUAUGAUGGGCUCCACGUUUUUCGCCAUCAUCUUCUUUGCGAUGAUGAUCACACUGGGAUUGGACAGCACGUUUGGAGGUCUGGAAGCCAUCAUCACUGCUGUCAUGGAUGAGUACCCAGACUUUCUGUCCCACAGGAGAGAGGUGUUCGUGCUGGGCCUGGUGACAGUGUGCUUUUUGGGCUCUCUGAGCACGCUUACUAAAGGUGGUGCGUACGUAGUAAAACUACUUGAAGAGUUUGGAGUCGGAUCCUCCAUAAUAGCUAUCGUGUUUUUGGAAGCCACCGCAGUCUCCUGGUUUUAUGGCAUCAACAGAUUCAGCAACGACGUCAAAGCCAUGCUGGGAUACACGCCCGGAUUCUUCUGGAGGUUUUGUUGGGUGGCCAUCAGCCCCACUUUUCUAGCGUACAUCAUCAUCAGCGCUCUGCUGAAUCCGGCCCCACUGGUGAUGUUCGAUUACACGUUUCCUGACUGGAGCAUCACUGUGGGUUAUAUCAUCGGAUUCUCAUCCUUCGUCUGGAUCCCCGUCUACAUGGUGUAUAAGCUGGUGUGGACGCCCGGCUCGCUCAAACAGCGUCUGGCUGUUUGCCUGCGGCCUGAACGAACACUGCCUGACAUCCACGCAGACACGCUGGGUUUGACUCCGGUACCUUAAAACGGCCCGAAACACACACCGGAAACCAAACAGAGUCCGAACACACACACACACUGGGACAAACACACACACACACACACACACACACACACACAAAUACACACUCUCACACACACAUACACGA